AUGGAGUCUCUAGUAGCUGCGCUCCCCGCGGGCGGCGCGGCGGCGGCGGCGGCGGCGGCGGCGGCGGCCGUCGGCGGGCUGGUGGCCGCUGCAGCGCUCGCCGGAAAGGCCGGCCUCGCCGGGCCCAAGAAACACCUCAACGCGCCCCCAGCUGUCCCUGGUUUACCAAUGAUUGGGAAUCUUCAUCAGUUGAAAGAGAAGAAACCCCACCAGACCUUUACAAAGUGGGCUGAAAUUUAUGGGCCAAUUUACACUAUAAGGACCGGUGCUUCUUCUGUAGUUGUGCUCAAUUCAGCUCAAGUAGCCAAGGAGGCAAUGAUUGCAAAAUUCUCAUCAAUAUCUACUCGAAAGCUAUCUAAGGCAUUGUCGGUGCUCACCCAUGACAAAACUAUGGUUGCUACAAGUGACUAUGGUGACUUCCACAAAAUGGUUAAGCGUUAUGUCAUGACAUCCAUCUUUGGGUACUUACGGCCGAAACAAUUUAGGGACACAAGAAACAUGAUGGUUGACAACAUGUUGAACACUUUCCACACAUUGUUGACCGAUGAUCCAAAUUCUCCUCUGAACUUCCGUGAAGUCUUCAAGAAUGAAUUAUUUCGCUUAUCCCUGAUUCAAGCUUUAGGUGAGGAUGUGAGUUCAGUCUAUGUGGAAGAGUAUGGGAAGGUUAUAUCAAAGGAGGAAAUCUACCAGGCCACUGUGGCUGACAUGAUGAUGUGUGCAAUUGAGGUCGACUGGAGGGAUUUCUUCCCAUACCUCAGCUGGAUUCCAAAUAGGAGCUUUGAAACAAGAGUACUGACUACGGAUGCUAGGAGAACUACAGUGAUGCAAGCCUUGAUCAAUCAGCAAAAGCAAAGAAUUGCACGUGGAGAGACUAGGAUAUCCUACCUGGACUUCCUGCUGGCAGAGAAUACACUGACUGAUGAACAGUUACUGAUGCUGGUGUGGGAGGCAGUCAUAGAAGCUGCUGAUACUACUUUGGUCACGACCGAGUGGGCCAUGUAUGAGAUUGCGAAGCACCCAGAGAAACAGGAAUACCUUUAUCAAGAAAUCCAAAAAGUGUGUGGCAAUAAGACAGUUACCGAGGAUCACCUGCCAGAGUUACCUUACUUGAACGCGGUGUUCCAUGAGACCCUGAGGCGGCAUUCUCCAGUUCCAUUAGUGCCUCCAAGAUUUGUCCAUGAGAAUACCAACUUGGCUGGCUAUGAGGUUCUAGCCGGCACAGAGAUGAUCAUCAAUCUGUACGGAUGCAACAUGAACAAAAGCGACUGGGCCGAUCCUGAGGAAUGGAAGCCAGAGAGGUUUCUGGACGGGAGGUUUGAGGCUGCAGAUCUGUACAAGACCAUGGCCUUUGGUGCAGGAAGGAGGGCCUGUGCUGGCAGUAUGCAGGCGGUGAACAUCUCGUGCACAGCCAUCGCUAGGUUUGUGCAAGAGUUUGCCUGGAGGCUCAAGGAAGGUGACGAGGACAAGGCUGACACCAUCCAGCUUACAACCAACAGGCUUUACCCAUUGCAUGUGUACCUCACGCCUAGAGGAAGGAAAUGA